AUGGGACAAUCAUCACCCUUUUUGUCCACCAAAACCAGAUGAUGUUACAAUAUGUUAUACAAGCUGACACCAAAGCACACAUGUAUGAAAGGUCCAACCAGAUCAUAUUGGCGUACUAUGGUGGCUCAGCUGGAUUUUAUCAAAGAUUAAGUGAAUCAGGUCCGGAUGAUGUGUAUCACUCCUCUGUAGAAGCCAGAUUUUGUGUGCCACACAGACUUUGCCAUUUGCCACAGUUAAUAGUUUCAAAAGCAUCCACCCUUGAAAUUCACGUAUCAGAGACAAAAGGCACAAAAAGAUUCCAAUGGGGGACAAAAUGCAAAUUGUUUCACACGCUCCAACCAGAUGAUAUUGGUGUACUAUGGUGGCUUAGUUGGAUUUUAUCAAGGAGUAAGAAACUCAAAUUUCAUCUUCUGUCUGAAUAA